GUGAGCGCGGGCCGCGGGCGACGCUGAGAGACGGGCGAGCCGGGCGCCCGCGCGGCGGGGACGGCCCGCGCCGACAUGCGGAGGCCGGCGGCGCGGGAGCGGGAGAGGGGGCCCGAGCGGGCGCCGGAGCCGCACUCGAAGAGCGAGCGGGGCCCGGAGCGAGGUCCCGCGCCGCGCCGCUGAGGAGCCCGGCCGCUGCCCGCCAGCCUCGGGCCACGGCCACGGACGCGGCGGAGGCCGAGAGCAGCUGGGAACCGUGAGAUUUGAGGCAGUGGGACCUGCCAGCAGGAUGCGGCCUCCCCUUGCAUGUGACACCGAGGGCACCGAGAUGAGCACCUCAGCCGGGCCAUCGGGAGCCCCCGCGUCCCGCUAGCAGGGAGCCUGCUGGGCCGCCAUGGGGCACUAGCCCCGAAAAGCUGCCCGUGACCUCAGGUCUCCACAGACCCGGGAUUCGCACGGCAGCAGAGUCACCGUGGAGAGGCCAGGGUACCACAAACUUAUGGAUUUUGACAAGAAAGGAGGGAAAGGGGAGUCAGAGGAGGGCCGGAGAAUGUCCAAGACCGGCAGCCGGGCCAGCCACGGCGUCCGGAGCUCGGGGACCAGCUCAGGGGUCUUGAUGGUGGGCCCCAACUUCCGGGUCGGGAAGAAGAUCGGCUCUGGCAACUUCGGGGAGCUCCGGCUAGGAAAGAAUCUCUAUACAAAUGAAUACGUAGCAAUCAAAUUGGAGCCCAUCAAGUCCCGGGCGCCACAGCUGCACCUGGAAUACCGUUUCUACAAGCAGCUCAGUGCCGCAGAGGGCGUCCCUCAGGUCUACUACUUCGGCCCGUGCGGGAAGUACAACGCCAUGGUGCUGGAGCUGCUCGGGCCCAGCCUGGAGGACCUGUUCGACCUGUGCGGCCGCACGUUCUCGCUCAAGACUGUGCUCAUGGUCGCCGUCCAGCUGGUGCGGGCGGGCGCGGAGCCUGGGGGCCCGGGAGAGCGUGGGGAGCCUCCAGCCUCCAGGACCUCGAGAAAUAGUGUCCUGAGAAAAGGCCAGCGGAAGCCCCCAGCCCCUGUGUUCUGUUACGGCGGCCCAGUGCAAGGCUGUGACCAGGAAGGCAGCGAUAACCAACAGCCCUACGCGGAAAAAGCCUAA